AACUCGUACGCGGGUACUUUAGGAUACCCGUUACAAUAGUGGGCAAUGUCGUUCGUUCCCAACUUUCCGCCUUCUCUUCUUCAACGCAUCAAAAGCGAUGACACAGGUGAUGAAAAAAAGAGGAGCAAAGAUGACUAUAGGAAGAUGAAGGAACUUGAAGAAGCCAGAAAACUGGCCGUGAUGCCUGCAAUGAAGGAUGAAGAAGGACGGGACAUUAAUCCUCAUAUUCCACAGUAUAUUAUGCAAGCUCCAUGGUAUUAUGGUGCCUUGCAUCCGACUUUGCGGCAUCAACGGAUACAAGAUGAAAAAAAACGUGAGGAUACCUCUGGCAAAAUGAAGGGUUCUAACGCUCUUAAUGUUUGGUACAAAAGAGGACUACCGCAAAUCAAACAAAAGGUUACAUUCUACCGAGAUGGAGCUUGUGAAAAUUGUGGAUCUAUGUCACACAAGCGUAAAGAUUGUCUUGAGCGUCCUCGAAAAGUUGGUGCGAAAUAUACUGGUCUUGAUAUUGCUGGAGAUGAGUGCCAGCAAGUAACCCUAGAUUUGGACUACGAAGGUAAACGUGAUCGAUGGAAUGGAUAUGAUCCAUCCGAACAUAAAAGAAUAUUUGAAGAGUACCAGAGACUGGAGGAAGCAAGGAAAAUAGCCAAAGCAAAAAAAUUGGAAGAAAAAUUAGCUAAGGCAACAGAAGGAAGUGGUGGGCAAGAAGAACCUGCAGCCUCUGCCGCAAAACCUAGUUUGGAUGACGAUGGUGAUUUCGAUGCCGAAGAUGGUGACAAAUAUGGUGACGAGUUAGAUAUGCCCGGGCAAAAGUUUGAUAGUAAACAACGUCAAUCUAUCCGUAAUUUGCGCAUUCGUGAGGAUACUGCUAAAUAUCUGUUCAAUUUGGAUCCUAACAGUGCCUACUAUGACUCCAAAACUCGUGCUAUGCGUGGUAAUCCUUUUGAAAAUAGUGGAAAACCUGAAUCCGAAGUUCCUUUUGCUGGAGAUAACUUUGUUCGUUAUGAUGGGGAUGUUCAGGACAUGAUUGAUCGACAAGUAUUUGCUUGGGAGAUGCAUGAUAAGCUUGGUUUAGAUGUCCAUUUACAAGCAGAUCCAACUCGUCUGGAGUUGUUAGCUAAAAAAGUAUCCAAAGCUAAAUGUGAUGUCCAAAACAAAGUACGUGCAGAAAUUCUUGAACGUUAUGGUGGUCAUGAGCAUUUGGAAUCGAUUCCGAAAGAAUUAAUACUUGGUCAGUGGGAAUCAUAUGCUGAGUAUUCUCCUACUGGUCGUAUGAUCAGGGGAGCUGAAAAACCAACAGUCAAGUCCCGUUAUGAAGAAGAUAUCUUCAACAACAAUCAUACAAGCGUGUGGGGUUCAUAUUGGUUUAAUGGUCAAUGGGGCUAUCGAUGUUGUCACUCGCUCAUAAAGGAAUCUUACUGUUUAGGAGAAAAAAGCAAAGAAACAAGUUUCCCGGAAGUCCCAGAUGGACCAACAGCUGUGGCGUUGCUGAAGCCACCACCUAUGCCUACAGAUGUCGACACUAACUUUGACAAUAAAGCUAACCUGGAGAAUAAUACAAAUAGAAAUGUUUUGAAGCACAAAAAACGAAAAUAUGCCAAAAACAAGUCUGGUUCAAGUUCUAGUUCAAGCUCAUCCUCGAGUUCCAGUAGUGAUUCUUCGGAAGAAGGAAUGGUGGAUUGUGUAAACAAGAAUGAUCACCUUCGGGAAACAGUUAUGGAACAAUCACGUUCGGAUGGAGAAGUAGAGGAGCAUCCUACAGAUACGAAAACCAUAGAAAAUAGAAAUAAAGAACUAGUGAGAUCGGAAGAGCGUCGUGUGCGUAUUCGUGUUCAACGUGCUGAUAAAAAGAAGAAACGAAAAGAUCAUCUCAAAAAGUCCUCUAAAAACAAGCACAAACGCAAGCGAAACGAAAGUAGCUCAAGUUCUUCCGCGGAAUCAGUGGAAGGUAUAGAGGAAGUGCAAGAACGGCUAAUUCAAGAAGCAAUAAGAAAAGAAAGAGAACGUUUGAAAGCCGUAGAUGAAUAUCUUGCAAUGGAUGAGCGUAAACGACCAUAUAAUUCACUUGCUGACGUUAAAGCCCCUACUGCAGAAGAGAUGGAAGCUUAUUAUCGUACUAAAGUAAAUCGCGAUGAUCCAAUGUCGCAUUUUGUAUGACCAACAUUUGAAUGUGUGUUGUACAUAUUAAUAUCCAUCACUUUUAUUUGCAAUAUAAAUUUAUCUUAUUCUAGUUU